UUUGCUGAGAACUACUGUCGAACUUUGAAAUAUGUCUGGACGUGGUAAAGGAGGAAAAGUAAAGGGAAAGAGCAAGACCCGUUCGUCCCGUGCCGGACUUCAGUUCCCUGUCGGUCGUAUCCACCGUCUUCUCCGUAAGGGAAAUUAUGCCCAACGUGUCGGUGCCGGAGCCCCAGUCUACUUGGCCGCUGUAAUGGAAUAUUUGGCUGCUGAGGUGUUGGAAUUGGCAGGAAAUGCUGCCAGAGAUAACAAGAAAUCGAGAAUCAUUCCCCGUCACUUGCAGUUGGCCAUCCGUAACGACGAAGAAUUGAACAAACUUUUGUCCGGAGUGACCAUCGCCCAGGGUGGUGUUCUUCCCAACAUUCAGGCUGUUCUUCUGCCCAAGAAAACCCAGAAGGCUUCCAAGUAAAUUAAUUCGGUGGCAUUUUUGGCUUUAUCCGUAUCAACGGCCCUUUUCAGGGCCUCUCACACUUUGCGUAUUUGUCUUCUCUCGACUUAAUAUUUGCGAUUUAUAAUCUGUCAAAACUAUGUCAUUUGGUGUUGGUGCCGAAUGAAUGUUUUAUUAUUUAUUCUUUCACCCGCAUAAUUUUCACUAAACGAAUACUCUUUGUAUGGUAUUAGGAACCGCUGACCUCAAGGUGUGCGGUACUAUUUAAGCAGAGUGGUCCCGGUGUGUUUGAGAAUGUUUUUAUG